CGUUUGGUGAAAUUAGGGAGGGAUUAUCGGAUCUCGCUUCCUAAGAUGACGGUUAGUAGAAUAGAGCAUAUUUGUUACAUUACGAGGUACCCUUGUAUAGACAGAGGUAAUCUUACUACAGUAUAGUUUCUCUAAGGUUACUUUACUUACUUCACUUCAAUUUCUCAACACCAUCGAGACAUUAUCCUGUUCCAACUCAACAACACAGCCCUCCUCCUUUCCCCAGGUGAUCGUCAAAUAUUUGUUUGAGGUUGCCUUAACCUAACGACGCUUACCCUGACUGGUCCGACUCUCGCAACUACCUAGGCGCCCGCAGCUUCUGCCACAGUGGCUAGCGCAUUCAUUUAACAUUCUUUGUCAACUCGUACUCCUAGUUUGAUUCCUAUUCGCCUCGCUUACUCUCCUUUCACCCUUCGCCGUUUGAGGGCCGCCCUAGCCGACGAACCUGCCAGUCUGUCAAAAGCGAAUCUCUCCUAAUCUCCCUAACAAAGAAAUUCACCCACCAUCACUUCACUUCCUCGGGUAGUUGUUUCAUCCUCUUCAUCAUCAUCAACUCACUUCUCGCAAUAGAUGGAAUCAUCAAACCAAGUCAGCAAUUGAGGAACGAUGUUUGCUCCAAGUAGCAUCCAGAAAGUUCCACCUGGCGAAGGUGAAAUGAACAAAGAGAACGUCGUUUCCACAACCUCAGAUGCUGCUGUGGCAGCUCCUCCAACCGCAGAAAUGGACACUGGAAUAAUCCAGCCGGUCUCGAGCACGCCACUUCCUACUUCAGAAGAGCUGGUUGUACAGACGACUGGGGCCAUGGAUUCUGUUACUCAGCCAAGCACGGAUCAACCAAGCGCAGCCCAGCCAAGCACAGGGUCUUCUACGAUAUUCGUCAAUCACAAUGAACCCGAUGAUUCCGACGACGAAUCUCCCAUUCUCGGGCGAAAGCGCAAGAGAAACUCUACUAACGUUGACUACCUCGCCGGCUUAGCAGGAAAAGCUGAGCCCACCGAGCCAGCGGAGAAAAAGUCUGGAUGGACGUGGAAAGGCACUCAGGGCCCAACAUGGAAGGGCCAUGAAGUGAAGCACGGGGUGCCGAUCGGAGUAUGGAGCUUGUCAGAUGAGCCGAUCGAUGAGAGAAAGCAUGUACUCUACGGAUUUCUAGAUCCCAAACUUGCAUUGCAUGGCCGCAAAUAUCCCGAGCGCAAGGACGGAUCAAAGUACACUGGGAACUUUCCUUCAGGCACCGGCACAUGGGCGGCAAAGUCGCAUGAGUGGCUGCUGGAUCCUCACCUUAAAGGUCUCUCUAGGAAAGAGUUAACUGAGUACGUCAGAAUUAGAGUUCAGACUUGGAACAGAGAAGAAAAGCCAGAGGUGCGAGAUGCCCUCGAUCAGAGUGCAGUUGCAGAGGCAAAAGAAAUUGCGGCCGCUUCUGAAUCCAAUGUUAAGAUCGAGAACAAAGGCACUAGCGCAAAGAAAUCUAAGAAAACGCCUCGCAAAUCAAAUGAAGGCAAGCCCGAUAAGAGCACGCCUGGGGGUUCCUACGACGGGCCUUCUUCAUCUCCAAACAGUUCGACCACGAAAGGUCCAGAGCAGGUUUACACACCUUCAGCGAAUAGAGCGGCGCGUAAUGACAGCCCUCUCGACAUGAAGCCUCCUAAAAAGUCACAAAAGGCUUCUCCUCUCCCAAUGCCCAUCCCAGACGCAAUUCGGAGCAUUACUGGUUCUCCAAGUCGUUCGGAAACUCCACCAAGAGAGCGAUCAAAGUAUGUCAUCAAGGGCAAAGAUGUCCUUAUUGGCUACUGGAAAGAUUCUUCAGAGCCCGAAGUCUUCAACAAGCACGCGAUGUACGGUGUUAUCCAAGCCCACGGCGUCUUCCGCGUGAAGGUCGUCCCGGAAACCCGAGACGGUCGGUAUCUCAAAGAUGGAAACUAUCCUAAGCUGUCCGGUGGGUGUUGGGUCAACUACGAUACUUGCGUCUUCGAAAAGUACCUCAAAGACCUGAUUCGCACGGAGAUAGAGGAGUAUUGCCGAAUCUGCGUGGCGGACCCAGACUAUAACGAAAGGGAACAGGGACCAAGUAUCGACAGAGCUGUGAGGGAAGCGAAGAGAAUCGUGGCCGAGAAGGCGGCGGCGAAGGGGAUGAACAUCAUCGAAUAUAAUCGCAAGAGAGUCGACCAACUGGAGCAAGGCGCCCUUGCCAGAGAAGUUGAGAAGCAGAGGAAGAAUGGCGAGGUUGUCGUCACCCCCUUGAAGAAGGUCGAAGUUAAGCACACUGCCAAAAGAUCCGACAAGGCCGCCAGUGAUGCUAGAGCCCAGAUGGUGAGGCAGGCCAGGAUAGAGGCUAAAGAAGCCAAGGAGAGAGAAACUCUGAACUCAAAGGGAGAUGCGGAUUUGGCUGAGGCGAUUCGCCGUAGUACAUCUGAGCAAGAAGCACUAGAAGCUCGGAAAAAAUCCAUGCUGAAUUCCAAUGCCCCACCUGCCAAACCGGCGGAGGUUAACAAGAGCAAUAGGGCUGAGACCAACAAGAGCAAUGAGGCUGAGGCCAAGAGCAAUGGGGCUGGGACCAAGAGCAAUGGGGCUGAUGCGUCUUGGACUCGACAUGCCAAGGACCUUACCGCUGCCUACAGCCACCUCCGACAGGGCAACAACACGCCGACAUCCACCGGCAGCAGUGUAGCCGCCCCUGAAUCCGACCGCAGCAAGUUCCACCUGCUAGACCGAGAGACGCAGAGGGUGAAGAUGGAAAAAUGGUGCAGGAUGAAGGUGACCUCUCAAUACCACAACCUGGAUAGAGAAGGCCAGAGACGACACGUCGAGAAACACAUCGACCAGUUGAUCGCCAAACAGACUGGCGCUGCUACGCCCAAGAGACCUAAGAAGCGCUCUCGAACUGGGGAUUACCCGGCUCAGCUAGGUGGUGGUGCGGUUUCAGCGCCUUCUCCUCUCUCGGAUAUGACGAGGGCGGUGUCGACACCAGCGACGGCGACGCAGGAACCGGCCGUCCGACCGGGAUUUGCAACCAUGCUAACCGCUGCAGAAGCUGCUCCGGUGCAGAGAUCUGCACGUACUGAGUCUCCGGCUGUUAAUAAAUGGCCAGGCGUGGGUAGUACCCGAACAAGCUUGUCAUUGCGAUCUGUACUCAAUGAACCGAUGACGCCUAUUCCAUCUGAAAGUGAGGUGACUCCUCAGCCGAAGUCUGUGGAGAAUACGGUGGAUGUUGCGAUGGUUGAUGCUCCGGUUGAGACUACAGCGCCAGUGCAGCCGCUUCCUUCGAAUUCUACCCCGCCUGCUGAAUAUAGCGCUACCCCGGUGGCUACUGUUGAAACCGCGGCAGUUCAGGAUAAGUCAAGCAUGGCGACUACUCAACCAGCACCCAUGGAGAACACAUCAGCCAACCAGCCAUCCCGCGCCGCAACCCAGGAAGCCGCCUCUCGCCCCUCCCACCCCUCAGCCGACGUCCCCAUGGCCGACGCCCCACACAUCGAUUCAAAGCCCUACCUAACCCAACCCCCCCGCGACCCCACCGCCGCUCCAUCAACCCGCCCAUCCCAUCCCGAAACCGACCAAUUCGCCCGUCCCCAAUUCCCAUCCCAGUUGCACCACCACCAACAGGUCUUCUCCACCCCGCAGAACCCGCGCGGCGUCCCUGCCGAUAACACACAGGGCUUCAUGUCCGCCCCUCCCCGCGCCUACAUCACCCCUUACCCCACCCCUCCCUUCGCCGCCGCAGCAGCGCCCUCCAGCGCACCACCCGUUCGCGCACCCGCCCUACCUCCCGCACCGCUAAUUCUGCAAGCCCAAGACGGGAUUAAAUACUCCUCGGACCCUUCUAGCGAAUUCGGGGAUCUGCUGGUUAGUGUUGAUAGAGAGCUUGUGGAUGUUGAUGACGAGGAGUAUACGAGGCAGGUUGUGCUUGUUGCGAAGAAGGCGCCGAGACCGCCGAAGGGGGGGGAGGAGAAGAAGGUGGGGGGAGAGGUGUUUAGGAUGGUGGGGGAGGGGGUGUUUGGGGGGUAUUGGGUUGGGGUUGAGAGGAAGGUUACGAGGUUGGGGGGGGAGGAUUGGGUGAAGUUUGUUGUUCUGGUGCCGUUUUAGAUGGAUAAGGGGGUGUAGGUUUAUGGGAUUUGGGGAGGUUGUGGAUUUUCGGCGUUUGGGGGGAGGUCUUUUGAUGUUUUGAUGAAGAGGGGUUUAUUCAGUGGAUCGGGGAGGCGGGGUGGUUGUUCUGUUGUCACCGGCUCAGCUCAGAGUUCAACUUUGGGUCGGCGAUGGCCACAGAAACCCAAUCCCCGGAAUACGACCGCGAAGAAACAAAUGUCUGAUUAACUGAAGGGAGCGAUGGAUUUUAAAAAGGAGCUAUGGUAUCUAUGGUAUGGGUUUCGAGGUAUCCGAUCAUUCAGGGAAGAAUUUUCAACAAGGAGUAGUGGUGGGAUGAGUUAUUGCUUUGCGUUGGUUGAGGGAGAUGAUAAUACUGGGCUUUUUGUGGCUUCAAAAUCAGAUUGAUCCAAUACACACGGAAGAAGUCAACGUUAUUGUUGUUGUUGUUGUAUUAGCUAGGUUUUUGCUACUUUGAGAUAGGCUAAUUGAGGUAUUCUAAAUUUGUUGGUG